AGAGCGCCAGUAAGGGGGAGUGUCUCAGCGAGUGCACAGCGAAACACAAACCGGGGAACCACGCGGAGCCCGUUCAAACCAACAAGCGCGACUCGCGAGCGGCAGUCUCACAUCUCUGACCUCUCUCAUUUCCCCAUUGAUUUUUGAAGCGGAUAGGCCUAGAGAUCACCGGAAAAUCUCCGUUACCACGAAUCCCCAUCUGACGUCUCAGCUGGGAGGCUCAAACAGUCCAGCGGCUGAGGAGAGUGAGAAGACUGAAGUUUUAUAUGAGAAGAAAGGUGCCCAGUGAGUAUUUUGGAGGAGGAAGAGCAGGGGCAGGAUGCAAUCAACGCGUCCCAGCCGGAUGCCAGCAAGGCGGGCAAGACACUGAGGACAAGGGGCCUCCCUGGGCCUGGAGCCCCUCAGACGCGGCCCCCGGCUCAACUGACCCCCAAUCCCAGGCCAGCAGCCAGCGCUACCCUUGCUCCGCCUUGCUCCGCAAGGCAGCAGACACGCCCUCCAGCGCCCCGUCAUCCGUCGCCCCGGCGCCAGGCGUUGCCAUGGCGUUCACUCUGUCAGAGAUCAUGGCGGCACGACGGCAGCAGCAGCAGCAGCAGCAGCAGAGAGGUGGAGCAGCGCGCGGGGUGGUGGAGGUGGACGAGUACAGCUCCAACCCCACCCAGGCCUUCACCUUCUACAACAUCAACCAGGGCCGCUUCCAGCCACCGCACGUCCACAUGGUGGAUCCUUUGCCACAUGACACUCCCAAACCGCCUGGUUACACGCGCUUUGUGUGCAUCUCGGACACACACUCACGCACGGACGCCAUCCACAUGCCCUACGGUGACGUGUUCAUCCACGCCGGAGACUUCACUGAGCUGGGCCUGCCCAGUGAGGUCAAGAAGUUCAACGACUGGCUUGGCACGCUUCCAUAUGACAUCAAGAUUGUGAUCGCCGGCAACCACGAGCUGACCUUUGACCAGGAGUUCAUGGCCGACCUGAUCAAGCAGGACUUCUACUACUUCCCGUCGGCGUCCAAGCUGAAGCCGGAGAACUACGAGAACGUGCAGUCCCUCCUGACCAACUGCAUCUACCUGCAGGACUCCGAGGUCACGGUCAGGGGCUUCCACAUCUACGGCUCGCCCUGGCAGCCGUGGUAUUAUGGAUGGGGUUUUAAUCUUCCGAGGGGACAGGCACUGCUGGACAAAUGGAACCAGAUCCCAGACAACACAGACAUCCUAGUGACACACUGCCCUCCUCUGGGCUUUCUGGACUGGGUCCCCAGGAAGAUGCAGCGUGUGGGGUGUGUGGAGCUGCUCAACACGGUACAGAGGAGAGUCCAGCCCAAAACGCACGUCUUCGGACACAUCCACGAGGGGUACGGCAUGAUGACAGAUGGCACCACCACCUACAUCAACGCCUCCGCCUGCACCGUCAACUUCCAGCCCAUGAACCCGCCCAUCGUCUUCGACCUGCCCAACCCCCGGAGCACAUGAUUGGACCCUCAGCACCCCCCACCCCCCACCCAACCCCCUGCCCACCCGCUUCUCACCAAUCAGGGCCCUAACGAGUGAACGGGUGGGUGUGGUCUUGUACAUAUUAUCCCAGGCUGGAUGGACGCUGUUACCAGGCUCUCUGUCAGCCAAUGCUUUCAUAACCCCUAAUUAUUUUGUGUUGUGGAUGUCUGUCCUGAACCCCCUGCCUCUAUCUGGACUGCAGUGGACCGCCCCAUAGCGCCUCGUCCACCUGGGAGAAUGGACAGUCAGACCCUCUCUGUACUGAUUUCUGGACUUCAUUGCACUUCUCAGCCCGACAAUCUGUACUGUGUGUUCGAGUGUGGUUUAUGGAUGAAUGAAUGUCUCUGUGUGUGUGUGUGUGUGUGUGUGUGUGUG